AUCUCGUUGGAUAUAUGACCGAGGUAUCGGAUCAGUACGAUUUUUCUCUCUUAGUGAGUGUUAACUAACACACAAAUUGCCUUUUGCACCAAAGUGGGAGAAAGAAGAGGGGGAGCAUUUAAGGGGGGAUGUAACGCAUAGGUUGCGGAUCGUAUUACAGAGUUUCAGACUUUUCAUGGCAAGAGUUUUUCGCUGCCUCUUCUGUGUGGGGGGAUGGUGAAUCUUUUGCAGUUUCUCAUUUGAUUUGUUUGAUUCAUUCUGGAAAACAUAGAAAGACUUAGUUGAAGUCUAGCCUACUGAAGAAGAAGACUUUCGAACCAUUAGUGUGGAACUUCGUGUGGAAGUUAGAUACAAUGAGAGAUACAACGCUGGAACAACGAGAUCUCCAACAUGAAAAAGUUUCGGAUUGCGUUAUAAACGUUUAUAGCCUGGAAAAUGAAAUUUCAGAAGUUCUUUGAUCGACGGCUUUUCUUUAGUUCGACAUAUUUGUAACUUGCUUGGACGAAUUUUGUUUAAAAUCCGCGUGGAUAUAAUAUUGCCCAGUUGGAUCGUUCAAGAUGUCUUCCCAAGGUUUUUACUCCAUUGUUGGGAGAUUUGGGAUGCUUUGCGUUUGGGCUUCCUCCUUGAUGGUCACUCAUGCAGCCACGGUGUUUCUAAACCAGUCCAUUCUGAACGAUAAUUGCAAGAAAACGACAACUUGCGAAGUCCUGAAAUACAAUACUUGUCUUGGCACACCUUUGCCAUACACCCACACAUCUCUAAUCCUGGCUGAAGACUCAAAUACCCAAGAAGAAGUUUUGGAAAAGUUGGCCAUGUGGUCUGGCUUGCGGAACGCCCCUCGGUGUUGGGCUGUCAUUCAGCCCCUGCUUUGCGCAGUGUACAUGCCCAAAUGUGACAAUGGAAAGGUGGAGUUGCCCAGCCAGAUGAUGUGCCAGUCAACUCGCAAGCCCUGCAGCAUUGUGGACAAGGAGAGGGGCUGGCCUAGCUUCCUAAAGUGUGAAAGGACAGAGACCUACCCCAAGGGAUGCGAGAGUUCCUUACAGAAGCUCAAGUUCAACUCAUCGGGGCAGUGUGAGGCUCCCCUGGUGAAAACAGACAAUCCUGCCAGCUGGUACAAAGACGUGGAGGGCUGCGGCAUCCAGUGCAACAACCCCCUCUUCACAGAGGGAGAGCACUCGGACAUGCACACCUACAUCGGCCUGUUUGGCUCCGUCACCCUGCUCUGCACCUUCUUUACGUUGGCCACAUUCCUCGCUGACUGGAAGAAUUCCAACCGCUACCCUGCUGUCAUUCUGUUCUACAUCAAUGCCUGCUUCUUCAUCGGCAGUAUUGGCUGGCUGGCUCAGUUCAUGGACGGAGCGCGUGACGAGAUUGUGUGCAAAAGCGACAAUACCAUGCGACUCGGAGAACCAUCGUCCACGGAAACGCUUUCCUGCGUCAUCAUCUUUGUCAUCGUCUACUACUCCCUCAUGUCUGGGGUCAUCUGGUUCGUCAUGCUCACUUACGCCUGGCACACCUCGUUUAAAGCCCUGGGCACUACCCACCAGCCUCUGUCGGGAAAGACAUCCUACUUCCACUUGGUGACUUGGUCCAUCCCGUUCAUUCUCACCGUUGCUAUACUAGCGAUAGCAGAGGUGGAUGGAGAUUCAGUCAGUGGUAUCUGUUUUGUUGGAUACAAGAACUACCGAUACCGUGCAGGGUUUGUGCUGGCACCUAUCGGCUUGGUCCUUACUGUAGGUGGCUACUUCCUUAUUCGAGGGGUGAUGACAUUGUUUUCCAUCAAGAGCAAUCAUCCUGGACUCCUCAGUGAAAAGGCUGCGAGUAAAAUCAAUGAGACUAUGCUGAGACUGGGUAUUUUUGGAUUCCUGGCUUUCGGAUUUGUUUUUAUUACAUUUGGCUGCCAUUUUUAUGACUUUUUCAAUCAAGCCGAAUGGGAAAGGAGUUUCAAAGAAUUUGUCUUAUGUGAAGCCAAUGUGACAAUAGCUCAUGAGACCAACAAGCAAAUCCCAGAGUGCAUCAUCAAGAACAGACCCAGCCUGCUGGUGGAGAAGAUUAACCUCUUCUCCAUGUUCGGCACGGGCAUCGCCAUGAGCACCUGGGUGUGGACCAAGGCCACAAUCCUCAUUUGGAAACGCACAUGGUUCAAGAUUACCGGACGGAGUGAUGACGAGCCAAAGCGGCUGAAGAAGAGCAAAAUGAUAGCCAAGGCCUUUUCCAAACGGAAAGAGCUCAAUAAAGAACCGGAAAAGGAGCUGUCUUUUAGCAUGCACACUGUAUCGCAUGAGGGGCCAGUAGCUGGUAUUAAUUUUGACCUGAAUGAAGCAUCUAUGGAAAUGUCAUCUGCCUGGGGACAUCAAGUGAACAAGAUGGUGACCCGGAGAGGUGCUAUUCUGCCACAGGACGUCACGGUCACGCCCACCGGUACACCUGUUCCCCCUCCAGAGGAGAGGAACAAGCUGUGGAUGGUGGAGGCCCAGAUCUCACCCGAGAUGAUGAAGAGGAAGAAGAAGAAGAAGAAGAGGAAGAAGGAGGUGCGUCCUGCCAGACAAGAGGAGGACUCCGUGGCCCCCCCGACGGAGUACCGGCGUCGGGAGUUCGGCGCCAGCGCCGUGCCCCGUCUGCCCAAGCUGCCCGGGCACCGGUUCCUGGUGGCCAGCUUGUGGGAGCAGCAGAGGCAGCAGCGGGAGGAGGAGAACGUCCUGCCCGGCUCCUUCCCCGAGCCCAGGCCCUCCUGCCCCCUGCCCUACCAGGACCGCUGCAGCGGAGGUCUCGGGGGUCUCGGCUACGCGGCGCCCAGCCCGCGCUACAGCCAGGGCGGCUUCAAGCUCAUCUCCAACCCGCUGCCCCUCCAGGACCGGCAGCGCGAGGAGCUGAGCCUCUUCCGCUCGCCGCCGUCGUGGCCUCAGAACGGAGCGUUCCGCCACGCGGGGGAGGUGGAGCCCGUAGCGGUGGGCUCGGGGAGGACGACGACCCAUCAGGAGCCGAGGGCAGCCCAGGGCAGAAGGACUGCGGCCGCUCCCAUUCAUUCCAGAACCAACCUUAUGGACGCAGAGCUCUUGGAUGCGGAUUCAGAUUUCUGAGACAUUUGAGC